AAGCAGAUGCUCUUAAAAAUGUUUUGUUUUGCUGUUAAGAAGUGCCACACAUACUGUAGUUUAUCCACAGUAAUACAACUCAAUGCCAACUCCGUUAAGUAAACAUCAGUUUGAGUGGUCCGUAAUAUUUUCACAUUUGACUAAAAAUAGCCUGUGUUAACGUCACACCCAAUCACAGAUUUGUCGGGUGAAAGGAGUGGCUAGGCUACACAACUGGAUUUGGGAAGUAACUACAUUCUGAAUAGGAUGACAUAAAAAGAAAGAAAAAAUCAGCUUUUAAUUCAUGCUGUUUGGAACACCGUCUGAAGAAUACACACAUCUGGAAAUAAAAGCAAGAAUGAAAAAAAAUUAACAGAUGAAGGGUGUAAUGAGUGCUACUGAGUCGGAGAGGUGGGUCAAAGCCGUCUGAUUCACCAAUUGCGUAGGUCUUUCGCUUGAUGUACGGAAGUCUAUCCAAUCAGCGCUCGACUGGCGACUUCUAUCACGUAACUGUCAGCGUAGUUAGCCAAUAGGAGUCAGGCAAAGGCGGGCCUUGGUGGAUGGAUGACUGGAGUUUCCCUUGCGGUCUGAAGAUUAAUGGAAGGGGUCUGUUGAUCUUAGGAAUCGACUGUCAGAUGGUUGGUCCCAGGAAACCAUUGCAUUUGACAUCUGAUUCGGAACCGAAUGGAGUGACAUCCAUUUGGAACUAACGAAAGUGGAGGAAACAAAUAACCUGGACAGCACUUUUGUGAUCCAGGUCUCAACUGAAAAGGCCUGCCUGCUCAGAGAUAGCACCUGGUUAGAUCAGGCCAGGAUACAACUACGAGGGACGCUAGGAGCUAACGCUAGCUUGCUCGACAGAGAGACGGAAAUCAGCUUUCGACGAACUGUCUAAUGCUCCGGACUUUAUUUUGGAUAAACAGACCGUCUCUGGAAAUAAAGGGCAAUCGAGUGGCAUCUUGAUUUGACGGUGUUCGCUUGGAAAUUAAGGAGCUGAAGCUGCAAAGCUAACAUCCACUGGUCAUUUUCUACUAGAGUUAGCUAGUGUGCUAACUUAGCUAACCUAAAUCGUUUGUGUCAGCUGCAGACUUGGAUACUCAUCGCUUGGCUGGAGUUGACCAAGCAAGCCCACCAGGGGAAACGUAGUGGAAGGAAAUAUUUACACCCGUUAGUUAAUAAUGAUAGCUGUUAGCUAGUAGCUAGCUGUCAGCUUUAUUUAGCCUAGUGACUGCGCUAGCGGUGUAGCAUCACUCAGCGACUUGCAAAGAAAAACUCAGUCCGAACCCAGGACUCAGCCAUCAGACUGCCAUCAUGGGCAACACGCCCACCGCAAAGAAGGGCAAUGAGAUGGAGAGUGUGAAGGAGUUUCUUGCCAAAGCCAAAGAAGAUUUCCUGAAGAAAUGGGAGAAUCCAGCACAGCAAACUGCAGCGUUGGACCACUUUGAGCGUUUGAAGACCUUAGGAACUGGUUCAUUUGGUCGAGUCAUGCUGGUUAAACACAAAGAGACAGGCCAGCACUUUGCCAUGAAAAUACUUGAUAAACAGAAGGUAGUGAAGCUGAAGCAGAUAGAACACACACUGAAUGAGAAACGUAUCCUGCAGGCUGUCAGCUUUCCCUUUCUGGUGCGACUGGAGCACUCUUUUAAGGACAACAGUAAUCUGUAUAUGAUAAUGGAGUAUGUACCCGGCGGUGAAAUGUUCUCACACUUACGGAGAAUCGGUAGAUUCAGUGAACCACACGCCCGCUUCUACGCAGCUCAGAUUGUACUGACCUUUGAAUACCUUCACUCGCUGGAUCUCAUCUACCGAGAUCUGAAGCCAGAGAACCUGCUCAUUGACCAGCAAGGUUACAUCCAGGUAACAGAUUUUGGAUUUGCAAAAAGGGUGAAGGGCCGAACCUGGACACUUUGCGGGACCCCAGAAUACCUGGCCCCAGAGAUCAUCCUCAGUAAGGGUUACAACAAAGCCGUGGAUUGGUGGGCUCUGGGAGUUCUGAUAUACGAGAUGGCUGCCGGUUACCCCCCCUUCUUUGCAGACCAGCCUAUUCAGAUUUAUGAGAAGAUUGUAUCAGGGAAGGUUCGUUUUCCUUCCCACUUCAGCUCAGACCUAAAGGAUCUGUUGAGAAACCUGCUACAGGUGGACCUGACCAAGCGCUUCGGAAACCUCAGGAACGGAGUCAAUGAUAUCAAGGGCCACAAGUGGUUUGCCACCACUGAUUGGAUUGCCAUUUACCAGAGGAAGGUGGAAGCUCCCUUUAUUCCCAAGUGCAAAGGCCCUGGCGACACAAGCAACUUCGACGACUACGAGGAAGAAGAAAUCCGAGUCUCCUUCACAGAGAAAUGUGCAAAGGAGUUCGCCGAGUUCUAGGUUCCAAAACCUUUGAGUAGAAAGAGAGAAAGAGAGA